UGCUUUGUGUUUAUUCGUCGCUGCUUUCUUGCCCUCAAGUGACAUCUAAAAGUAUCGUCUUCUCUCACACCCAGAUACCCGAGAUACCUAAUUCACACCGCAGCCAUGGCGACAACAGAAUCCGCCGUUUCACGGUCCGACAUCGUCAAGAAGUACACCGAACUCGAUCAGAGAGGCAUCGUUAUUGCCGAGUACGUCUGGAUUGACUCUGAGGGCAACACCCGCUCAAAGACUCGCACACUUGAGCCUCGUGACGACGGCAAGCAAUGGGAUGUCGAAACAUUACCGAUUUGGAACUUUGACGGCAGCUCGACCGGCCAGGCUCCCGGCGAGAACUCAGAUGUUUAUCUGCGCCCUGUUGCCGUCUACCCCGACCCCUUCCGGAAGGGCAACAACAUUCUUGUCCUGACAGAAUGCUGGAACCACGACGGCACCCCCAACAAGUACAACUACCGCCACGAGUGUGCCAAGCUCAUGCAGGCCCACGCUGAGCAAGAGCCUUGGUUCGGCCUGGAGCAAGAAUACACCCUCUUGGAUCUCAACGACCGGCCGUAUGGCUGGCCUCAGAACGGCUUCCCCGCACCUCAGGGACCAUAUUACUGCGGUGUCGGCGCCGGAAGGGUUGUCCAGCGCGAUAUUGUCGAGAGCCACCUCCGCGCCUGCAUCUACGCUGGUGUCAAGAUCUCCGGCACCAACGCGGAGGUCAGCAAAUCACAAUGGGAGUUCCAGGUUGGCCCCUGCGUUGGCAUUAGCAUGGGUGAUGAUCUCUGGAUCGCUCGCUACAUCCUCGCCCGUGUGGCCGAGGACUUUGGCGUCAAGGUCUCGCUGCACCCCAAGCUCAUCCCCGGUGACUGGAACGGUGCCGGUCUGCACAGCAACUUCUCGACCAAGGACAUGCGUAGUGAGGGCGGUAUGGCGUCCAUCGAGGGGGCCAUCAAGAAGCUGGAGGGCCGUCACCAGGAGCACAUCGCCGUCUAUGGCGAAGACAACGAGAAGCGCCUCACUGGCCGCCACGAGACUGGCGCCAUUGACCAGUUCAGCUACGGUGUUGCCAACCGCGGGGCUUCUAUUCGCAUUCCUCGCGAGGUCGCUGCUAAGGGUUAUGGCUACUUUGAGGACCGCAGGCCCGCAAGCAAUGCGGAUCCUUACCGUGUCACCGGUAUCCUCAUGGAGACGAUCUUCGGUGCUGUCUAAUAAACAUGGGCGACUGUUUCUUGGGGUUAUUGGUUGCUGUGGGAGCAUAUGAAGUGUCCAGCAUGAUAUUGCGCUGAGUUCCACCAAAUGUUCUUAAUGCCCCUUCUUCCCACACAUCCCAUUACACUUUCGAUACCUGCCGCUGUCUGGUCUCCUCACGGGAUCCGACAUAACGGGAUAUGUUCAUUUAAAGGCGUUGUUGCCUGCUUCGCCAAUUUUGGUUCUAGGGUAAUGCAUGGCCCGUGUGGCCGAGAGAAGAUGGGGUACAGAUGCAUGUCAUAGACUAGGUUCUUACUGGGCGCCAUGGGGUUUUGGGAAACG